CGUUCAAAAACAGAAACAAACAAAACCGAUAUAAAAAAAAAGGGAAAGGAAAGGGGGGAAAAAAAUAAAAUACCGGCCGAGAGAGAUCGGAGAGAGGGUGGAGGAGAGAACGACUGUCACCGCCGCGUCGCGGCUGAGGGAGAAGAAGAAGAGAUUGCGUAGAGAGAGGCAGGACUACCGACUACGGGGACGCUUGCGUUCAGACACCUUAAUCGCCCGCCGUUGCUUUCCCAAUCGCCUUCGUGUUCGUCCGCCGGCACUCAAACCGGGAAAUCGAGCGUAGGAGAGUCGGGGGGAGAGCCAUUUCUGCACUGUUGCUUCGUCGUCGCCGCCAUCAUCAAAUUCAUCGUUUCUUUCGCUAAUCGACGUCAGCGGCUGCGACUGAGGGAGGGAGAAGGAGAGAGUCAUAAAGGAAAUUGUAGUGCUGUUGGAAGCUUCCCAAAGCAGCUGAAUCUUUUCAUCACAUCCGUUUCCUCUCAACUCUUAGGAACAUGGAUGGAUCUAGUCAUCGAGGCAGUAGUAAUGUGGAUAUGUUCUUACCCAAUUAUAAGCUUGGUAAAACUCUUGGAAUCGGUUCCUUCGGUAAGGUUAAAAUUGCGGAGCAUGCAUUGACCGGGCACAAAGUCGCCAUCAAGAUACUUAAUCGCCGCAAGAUUAAAAAUUUGGAUAUGGAAGAGAAAGUGCGAAGAGAAAUCAAAAUCUUGAGAUUAUUUAUGCAUCCCCAUAUCAUUCGUCUAUAUGAGGUUAUUGAGACACCGACUGAUAUAUACGUUGUGAUGGAGUAUGUUAAAUCUGGGGAAUUGUUUGAUUAUAUUGUGGAGAAAGGAAGGUUACAGGAAGAUGAGGCCCGCAACUUUUUCCAGCAGAUAAUUUCUGGUGUGGAAUACUGCCACAGGAAUAUGGUUGUCCACAGAGACCUUAAGCCUGAGAAUUUGCUCCUGGAUUCUAAAUGUAAUGUCAAGAUAGCUGAUUUUGGGUUGAGCAAUAUAAUGAGAGAUGGCCACUUUCUGAAGACAAGUUGUGGAAGCCCAAACUAUGCAGCCCCAGAGGUUAUCUCUGGAAAAUUGUAUGCUGGGCCUGAAGUUGACGUGUGGAGUUGCGGUGUUAUAUUGUAUGCUCUUCUUUGUGGUACUCUUCCAUUUGAUGAUGAAAACAUACCCAACCUAUUUAAGAAAAUUAAGGUAUGAUAAAUUUAAAUAUGCUCGCUGUUUAAUAUGGUAAUAGCAUUCUUGACUGUACUUCUCUUAAAAAGUCAUUUUUCUUUUUGGCAUGAAGACAAGCCUUUCUUCAGAUAAUGAUUAUUGUGUCAAUGUAAGUCUUUUGGAUAUCUAGGCUGACUGGACUGUGUACAGUGUCUCCAUUUGUAUGGAAGGGAUUUGCUUUGUUAGUUGGACAGAAGAAUAUAAACUCAAAGCCCCCGGCAUAGAUUCAUACCCUUCUGUUAUACUCUGUUAGUAAGCCUUUUUCCUUAAGUAGCAGUGAUAUUCCGAAGUAAUCAAAUUGUUCUGUGGUUUAAAUGGAAGAAAACAUUGUAUGUCAUAGUUUCAACCUUUCUGGUUUUUGGGAAUGCAAGAUCGUUUUGGUUCUUAGUAUGUGUCAUAUUCUUAAAUAAUAGCCAUCAUUUCCCCGACUUAAAGUUCGGCUGACUCUGCUGCUAUUUUGGGUCACAGUGUCGACUUUAAUGGGAGAUUUCAGGGUUCAGUGGUAGAUAGUCUUUUGAUACCCAGUUUACCUAUGGAUGCUGUUAUCAUUAUACAAGUCUGUCUUUCAUUUUCAUAUGCACUAUUAUUCCGUUUCUUUUAUGUAUUAUGUUUGUGACGAGCAAUUUAAUAGAGCAGGUUUAUGUGUCUUGCUUGUGCACAAAUGGAUUCAGUUGAGUUUUUGUUUUUAGGGAGGGAUAUACACUCUUCCUAGUCAUUUAUCACCUGGUGCAAGAGAUCUUAUCCCUAGGAUGCUAGUGGUUGAUCCGAUGAAGCGAAUGACUAUACCUGAAAUUCGUCAGCACCCGUGGUUCCAAGCUCGUCUCCCACGUUACUUGGCUGUCCCUCCACCAGAUACGAUGCAACAAGCUAAAAAGAUUGAUGAGGAGAUUCUGCAGGAAGUGAUUAAAAUGGGAUUUGACAGGAACCAACUUGUUGAAUCUCUUCGCAACAGAAUUCAGAAUGAGGGUACUGUGGCGUACUACUUGCUAUUGGAUAACAGGUUCCGGGUUUCUAAUGGAUAUCUUGGAGCAGAGUUUCAAGAGACCAUGGAACUGGGUUACAACCGUAUGCAUCCUAGUGAGCCUGUUUCUCCAUCUGGUGGUCAUCGCCCCGCUGGGUAUAUGGAGUAUCAAGGGAUGGGCUUGAGAUCACAAUAUCCUGUUGAUAGGAAAUGGGCACUCGGACUUCAGUCUCGAGCCCAUCCACGUGAAAUAAUGACGGAAGUCCUCAAAGCUUUGCAAGAACUGAAUGUCGGCUGGAAGAAGAUUGGUCACUACAACAUGAAGUGCCGGUGGUUCCCUGGUAGCCCCGGACACCAUGAAGGCAUGCUAAAUGAUUCUGGCCUCAAUAACCACUUCUUUGGGGAUGAUUCUUCCAUUAUUGAGAACGACGGAGCAACCAAAGCACCAAACGUCGUGAAAUUCGAAGUCCAGCUGUACAAAACACGGGAGGAGAAGUACUUGCUGGAUCUACAGCGAGUACAGGGACCGCAGUUCCUGUUCUUGGACCUCUGUGCAGCUUUCCUUGCACAGCUCCGCGUGCUUUAGUGUUGCGUGAGACAAAAGCAAAAAGGUAGGUUUUCUUUUUCUUCAGACGACCUGCCAACCGAUGGAGAUGGAUGUCUUUGUGUUUUGCUUCGGCCGUGAUUACGAAUAGACUCAUCCGCCGAGUGUAAUGUGUAUUGUACAUAGCUCCGCGCCUGGGUUUCCAGUCGUACCUAUCUUUCUUCUGGUUUUUAAGCUUCUUUUCCAUAAUCCCCAGUGGGUUUCCCCCCCUUCAUAUGGGUAAUUUUCUGAGUAGUGAAGCCAACAGAUAUAUCCUCAGCUCUUGUAUUUGGCCAAGAAGAACUAGGCACUCUGUCCUGAUUCCUCUUUUUUAUAACAUACUGUAGCAUUUGAUCUCUCCAUAUGCCAACUCAUUUGUAUACUUGAUGUGUCUCGACGAAUGAACUCGUGAAACUCGUGAGACGUUAUCGUUGUAUGUCACAUGUUUCGUUAGCUAAAAUACUAGUCUAUGUUUGUUCAUCUCCAAAUCCACCACGGGGUGUGCUAUUCAACAGAUGGCAUGACAUUCCGAUUGCAG